AAAUGCAACUGAUGUACUUGCGAAGCCAUUUUGGGUCCACAUCAUCUUGCUUGACUUAAUCAGCACGCACGUCCUUGCAGAUCCAAGAUGGCGUCAGUUUCUUCGUAAGCCAGAGCUCCCAGACGUAUCCCCAUUCAGUCGGCUGAAAUCAUGGCGUCCGGUAGCACGGGGAGCAGAGUGUCUUGCGGGAGAGAUUUGAAUUGUGUGCCGGAGGUAGCAGACACUUUAGCUGCGGUCGCCAAACUUGGGUUUGACUUCCUGUGCAUGCCCCUGUUCCACUCGAGGUUCAGGAGAGAGUUUGAGUUGGAGCCAGCUAAAUCCCGAACCGGUGCCCAUACCCGAUCAGACCUGCUGCUGUGCGGAAGAGAUUGGAAUACUCUUAUUGUUGGAAAGCUCUCUCCAUGGAUCGAUGCAGAUUCAGAAAUCGAGACAGAGCGCAGAAACUCAGAGGCUGCUUUGGCACAGGAGUUGAACUUCUCAGCCUACCUAGGUCUGCCCGUGUUCAUGAUCCCUCUAAAGGGCCCUCACUGUGCCAAUUUAGCCCGUGUGCUGCUAAACCACAUCCACACUGGACACCACACCUCAAAUUUCUGGAUACGUGUCCCGCUGAUGGCAUCAGAGGACAUGCGGGAAGAUCUGAUUGAGAAUGAACCCAGCACUUGCAUCGAAGACACAAGUGUUGAUGAAAAGACCUGGGGCUGGUGGCACUCAUUUAGAACCCUUUGUGACUACAACAAGAGGAUCUGUCUCGCUAUUGAAGUUGCAGCAGACAUGCCAUCAGACGCUGUGAUUGAUAAGUGGCUUGGGGAACCUAUCAAAGCAGCCAUACUUCCCACCAGCAUUUUCCUAACCAAUAAGAAGGGCUUCCCAGUUUUGUCAAAAGCCCAUCAGCGAAUAAUCUUCAGUCUUUUCAAGUUGGAGGCCCAGUUCAUCUUCACAGGCACCAGUCGUCACACUGAGAAGGACUUCCGGUCCUACUUGCAGUACCUGGAAUACCUUAACCAGAACCGGCCUGCACCCAAUGCUUACGAGCUCUUCGCCAAGGGCUAUGAAGACUACCUGCAGUCUCCCCUCCAGCCACUCAUGGACAACCUGGAGUCUCAGACAUAUGAAGUGUUUGAGAAGGAUCCUAUUAAAUAUUCCCAGUACCAACAAGCUGUAUAUAAAUGUCUACUUGACAGAGUUCCAGAGGAGCAGAAAGACACCAAUGUUCAGGUGUUGAUGGUGUUGGGAGCAGGUAGGGGUCCCCUGGUCAAUGCGUCCCUGCGCGCUGCCAGACAGGCAGACAGGAAGCUGAAGGUGUAUGCCGUGGAGAAAAACCCCAAUGCUGUAAUCACGCUGGAGAAUUGGCGCUUUGAGGAGUGGGGUGAACAGGUGACAGUGGUGUCAUGUGACAUGCGGGAUUGGGCAGCACCCGAGAAAGCAGACAUCAUCGUCAGCGAGCUGCUGGGAUCAUUUGGUGACAACGAACUAUCCCCUGAGUGCUUAGAUGGAGCCCAGCACUUUCUAAAAGAUGAUGGAGUGAGCAUCCCCUGUUCCUACACGUCCUUCCUAGCUCCCCUGUCCUCCUCCAAGCUUUACAACGAAGUGCGCGGGUGCCGGGAACGUGACAAGGACCCAGAGUGCCAUUUUGAGACGCCCUACGUAGUGCGCCUCCAUAACUUCCACCAGUUGGCUGACCCCAAACCAUGCUUCACCUUCAGACACCCCACAACAGAUAUGAACAAUAACCGGUACCAGUGCCUCAGAUUCUCUGUGGGUUGUAACUCGGUGCUCCAUGGUUUUGCUGGCUACUUUGAGACCACGCUGUACAAAGACGUCACACUCAGUAUAAAACCAGAUACACAUUCACCGGGAAUGUUCUCCUGGUUCCCCAUCCUCUUCCCCCUCAAACAACCCAUCCUUAUAUCCCGGGAUGAUGAUGUCACAGUGCGAUUCUGGCGCUGUAACAACGGGAAGAAGGUGUGGUAUGAAUGGGCCGUGACCGAGCCCUCCUGCUCUGCCAUCCACAAUCCAGCAGGGCGCUCCUACACAAUCGGCCUGUGAAGAUGACUCAUCAGCACACCCGCCAACACACAUACACACACGUUUCUGUAACAUUUGGUGGCAGUUAAAGGCUCUUUUUAUAAACACAUUUAAAACCUGAACUUGUGAUGCAACACCGCUAGUGUGCAUCUGGGUUUUCGGUAGGCACUUUUUGAGCCGGCAAUGAAGAAGUUGAUUGGAUAAACGAGUUUUUGAGGAGUCUAUCACCUGUACACAAAGUGUAUUAUUGCUGUGCCAGUGGCUCAUCCAGAUUAGGUCAAACACCUCGUCACUGGUUUAUAUUUUUAAUGUGUUUUUUUCUGUUCUGAGCAGACCUACAUACACGCUCAAUCCAACAGAACAUUUGCCUUACCAAACACAUUCCUUACCAGUACUUGCAUACUGAUAAAAACACAAUUCUCAACACUAGAGGGUCGGAGGAAGGUUAGGAUCAGGUCACAUACCAUAUUGUUGGGGGAGAACUGUCCCUUCAUACCUUUUUUAUUUUGUUCCUGUAUGUUUUGAACUAUGUUAAUAAAAACAACACUGUAAUGUU